AUGGCGGCGCCUCGCGGAGGAGGCCGGGAGGGCUGCAACUGCGCGCGCGCUCCCUGGGGAACCGACGGGAACCGGGGAAGAGCCCGCCGCCCGCCGGCCAUCAAAUAUUCAGGCGGCAGGCGCGCACGCGCCGCAGGUAAUGGAGCGCACGCCUCCUCUGGGGAGCGGACCCGCUCCCAGACACUGGCCGGCCAGGGGCCGCCCCGGCACACACAAGUGGAGGCGCCGGGCGCGACCCGCCCGCGCUACUGGGGCGCGUUGAGGGGCAACGCAGGACAGCAGCAGCGCGACGCAGAGCGACGAGGCACAGAGGUGCCUAAGCAGCCAGCGUUCGGGUCCGAUGGUCCGGGCCGAGCAGCAGCAGAAGCGGCAGCAGCCGUAGCAGCGGCAACCGGGGAGAGCGACGGGGUCGGCACAGCCCAGCAGAGCGGCGGCCGGCGCAUCGCAGCAGCGCGGGACAGCGCGGGACAGCGAGGGCGCAGAGACAGCGCGGAGCAGCGCGGGACAGCGCGGGCACAAAGAGAGCGCGGAGCAGCGCGGGACAGCGCGGGCACAAAGAGAGCGCGAAGCAGCGCAGGACGACGCGAGCCAACAGAGCAGACGGCGCACCACACGAGAAGCGGUGACAUCGAGCCGAUACCGCCGGCUAAUAAAGGCGGCCCGCAGCCGGGCGCCCAGGUGCGUCCGUUCUCGGCUGACCCGGGCGGUCGUUGGUAUUCAGCGGCGCCGGACCGCGCCGGCCAACUUGCAGGGGGGCCCGAGUUAAGUGCUCGGCGGCGGGCGCGCCGCGCCGCCCCGGAAUACCAAAGAGCCGCGCCGGCGAUACUGGGUCAGCCCCGCAGGAUCACUUGCCGUGUGACUAAAGCUUUCUCGUCAAAGAAGCGCUCCCAGCAGAACUUAGUUCCCCCAACAGCGACAUUACCAGCGAAGCUCUUGAGAGUCUGGAGAGUCUCCUUAAUGAGAUAA